AAGCAGUACAGAAGAUAGUCUGAUGAGAGAUGCGUUCCAGUUUGAAGUACUGCAAACACAGCAUGAAGAAAUUAAACAGAAGCUGAAAGAAAUGCAGGAUGAAAUUCUUACUAAAAAUGGAGAAAUUAAAAUUUUGCGUGACUCAAUGCAGCAGAUGGAGUAUGCUAUGGAGGAACAGAAAAGAUCAUACAUGCUAUUGGAACAGCAAAAAACUCAGACCUUAAGUGAAAAAGAAAAAGAGUUCUCCAAAAAGUUACUGUCAUUACAGUCAGAGUUGCAGUUCAAAGAUGCAGAAAUGAAUGAAUUAAGGACACGACUUCAGAACUGUGAAAGAAAUAAACAUGUUACUCAGACAGUUUUAAUGCCAAGCCCUAAAAAGAAUCUUGCGAUACAAGUGAAAUCAGAAGGAUGUUCUCCGCAGCCUGGAAAAAGAUCUUUUCCUACAAAGGAAUCCUUCAGUGCUGAAAUGUCCACUAGACCAUCGUGUUCUUCAGGAAAUUUGAUUGCCCCAGCUACUUUGAUCAAAGAAGACGGUAAGAUAACCCAUCCUGAAGUUUUAGCCAUGAAGCGUGAAGCAAUGGGAAAAAACGGUUCCUACAACUCUGUACCUAAACGAAACGCACGAGGUUCUAUCUUACUAAAUGCACUGAUGAAGCAGCCCAUUGUGCCUGGGUCAUUACUAGGACUCUGCCACCUUCUUAGCAGUAACUCUGAGCCUUCACCUGGAGCUGUAUUGCAGCCUAAUUAUUUGGAUAUAAAGUCCACACAACUACCCAGCAGCAGGACAGCUCAAGAAGAAACUGCACCUCUUGUAUCCCUGCGAGAAGCUCAAGAACUUGCAAUAACAGGACUGAACUUGAUUGCUAUGGACGAAGGAUUAUCUGAAGGAAGCCCAACAGAAAGCCGGACAGAGUUCUCACACCUCACACGCUGCAAGAUCCGAGGCGCUGUGCAUCUCUUGCCCUUGGUAGAACACCAUAUUGGUGCAUACUGUCAAGCUGUACAAUUGGCGGCCAAGUCAGUCAAUGGUUCUUGUGGAAACCAUUCAGCUGUUUCUUCCAGAACCAACACAAAUAUGGGGUCAAGUAAGGAGGACUUCAGGUUGUCUCUUGAAGAAACUACAGUUAUAUCACUGGGUAUUCUUUAUUAUUUGGCGUUUUAUAGCUGGGAUGUUGUCCACACAUUGCUAUCUACUGAAGUGGAAAAAAGUUCUGCUGCUGGAGAUGAACAGGUUUCCAAGAUGGACAAAAAUGUGCUGUGUGAUAAUCAGUGUGAUAAUAAAGAAGAUACCAGGACACAAGGAGGGCUGCCUGUAGCUCCACAGGAUGCUCCCAAUAACGAUCGAGCUCAACAUUCUUUGUUUAAAAAGCUGCUUCAGGUUUUAGGUUUUUCUGCUGCAAGAGGCUCCCAAACUGAUAGUAUACUGAACCAAAGCCUAAAAGUUUUGGUGAAAUUAGCUGAAAAUUCAACAAUGGACUUACUAAUAAAUUUUCAGGACUUACUGAGUAGCCAGAUACUGUUCCGUUGUCUGUGUCCAGAGACUCCUUUGCCUGCUGUCCUUUUGACCGUGAGACUGUUGUGUAUUCUUGCUCAGCACCACACGUUAGUUGCUCAACUUUGUUCUCAUUCAGACACCUGCCUUCUUCUUGCACUGUACAUGUAUAUUACAUCAAGACCAGAUAAAACAGCAUCUGAAAUGCUUUGGCUUCAGCUGGAACAAGAGACAGUUAGACUCCUGACAAGGUGUAUGCGGUGUUCCAGUCCAGCGGUUUUAUUACCUGGUACAGACUGCCAAUGUAAUCUUGAGGUGGUUAAGGCACUAAUCAUAAUGUUACAUAGACAGUGGAUGAAGAUUAGAAGAUCUGAGAACAGUUUGUCUGCAUAUAAGGAACAAAUUAUUCAGUUUUUACGGGAUGCUGUUUUACUCUUAUACAGCCUCUCUCAGAAAGAUAAACUGUUUCAUGAACACUGUUUGGAAGUUCUCCAUCAAUAUGACCAAGUCAUGCCGGGUGUAAGAGCCAUUCUCAAAAAGACUCAAAAACUGAGUGCCUGUGAAGAGCUGAUUUUGGAUGAAUUGUAUCCUCCUGAGCCAGAAGCAGAAGACCAAGGAAUGGAUUCCAGCUAGCUAACAUCUAGAAGACAUCUCUGUCCUUCCUCAUCUAAAUCAUAGUAAUCAUUGCCAGUGUAAAUCUGAAAUUUAAAUUGUUUAUUUUAAGUGAUUAUAUAAAGAUUGCACUCAAAUGCAGCACAACUAAGACACAUUUCUUUGUUGUGAUUUUAUUUAAGUGCCACCUAAACGUAGCUGAAAACCAGUUUUGAUCUAGGAAUUUUACUGCAUGUACUGUUUUGCUGUGCAAAACCAUUCAAUGACUUAUGACUGGUUCUGUUUAUGAAUUUCAUCCUUUAUGAAAUUGCUGUGAAUGGAAUGGAAAGUUCACUGUGUUCUCCAUUUUACUGUGACUGCAGCUGAAUUUAUGAUGCUGAAUGUGCUUAGAUGUUUGGGAUCACUGUGUUCAUAUGGAAGUGUUUUGAACACAUUUGUUUCUUUUGCAGCUGUAACACUUUCUUGCUUGACUUCCAAAAUUUUCAUGUUGAUAUUAGUAAACAGUUUACUGUGAUUUAAAAACCUUUCUACAAAUAAUUUAUAGUUGGCAGUUCAGUUCUGAGCAAGAAAUUCAAAGCUCUGUAAUGAUCACCUGAGUUCACUCAUUUUUCUCAAUUUUGUGAAUCUGCUGAAAGUUAACUAUUGAGAUGCCAAAACAAAAAAUACUAGAACUUACUUUUUAAAAAAGUUACCUUAGAAGAGUAAGAUGGUAAUGUUGAGGAGAGGAUUCUGUCUCACUAGGUGAGAGAAGGAUAUUUAAAUGUGUGGAGAAUGACUGGGUCUUUUUGGCUGUAGUAUCUGGAUAGACACUGCAGUAAAGUUGAAUGAGCAUCUCAUUCCUAGGAUACAGUACUGAAGAUUGGAGGAAGAACUGUUGCUAUACCCUUUCAAGUGUGUAUGAUUAUCAGCUGCCAUACUCAGCUGCAGGUAUCAGCUGAAUCUUAGACCCUAAAAAGGGAAGUGUGAGUGCUACUAAAAUGAGCCUACAGGGUUGUAGUUUUAAAUAAUUUGGAAAGCUUUUUUCAUUUUUUGACAGAUACUCAAUUCAGAAUGAGCCUGGCUCCGGGGACCAGGAGGAGGAGGAGAGACAGUACUACAGUGGGAAAGACGCCCUUGGAAAAUUGGGAAACAUCCGCUUCUCUGGUCAUAACCCAGGGGCUCUGUCCUGCCUUGGUGUGCCUGGGCAAAGAGCCACACUCCAUUGUGCUGAACAAGCUCUUGACUUGGCUUUCACUUUUGAACUUUCCCAGAAACUGCUAUACAGGAAUAACCAGUGUAAUAAUCCAGCAUCUCCCUAGGGCCAAAGCUCUUGGGUACAAAGCUUCACUCCUUCCUCCUACAACACAGCCUAGGGCUAAGCCCCCUCCUCAUUGAGCAACAGCUAGCAGAGCUCCACCAGGCAUGGCCUGUUCAUUUCUAUAAAACACAAGUUGCCAACUGCUCCUCUCAGUAACAGGUUUCAAGUCCCUUGUAGCAUCUGGAGAACUGCCAUUUUCCUGCUUAAAUGCAGCAACAAAGGAUGCACAGGCACAUAACACCAAAGCCUUCUGAGUCCAUGUAUGCUUGCAUGGUAACUACCCAAGAACUGCCACCAGAGCACUGGGCAAGACAUGCUACAGAAGUUUCAGCAUGACAUAAAACCAUUUGACUUGUCUGCUUUAGAAAAAAAAAAACAACCAAACCCAAAACACAGCGCUUCCUGGCCUUUAGGAUUAGAGAGAAGGGCUUGAGAGUGUCAGGUAAAAGCCCCUUCCUUACUCAAAACCAAAAUAAUCAUUAAGGUAAUUCUUUAAAAAUAGCCCUAUGAGCAUAAGCAGUAGUAAAGCAGUAUCUGGCAGUUAGCCUGCUGUGAGUGGCAAACUUAGAGCUGUCCUAACAAAGAUACAAUAGUCAGUAUCCCAAAAUGCAAUGACCUGCCAUCACUUUUCAACUGGUCUAAAUUUCUCUAAACAUAAUUUGAGUUUAUAGCAAUAAGAUGCAUUUAAACCCCUUCUUUGGGUGAACAGACCAAAUAAAUUGUUAAGAGGAGUCUGGAUGAAAACCAGUUAAGGAAUCCCAAAUUGUUGAAGCAAUCCAGUUUAAAAAAAUUUUUAUAAAAUUCCUGGCCUCAUCUAAAGGAUGUGUGUAUGGCAGCUUGGUGAAAGGGAGAAGUGUAUUACUGCUAAACUUUAUAUAAACAGAAGUGUUAUCUGUGGAAAAAAAUGCUAGGAAAAUACCCCUAACUGUUCCCUUCUGGCACUGCAUCCCCUCCCAUCCACCCACUCUAACAGACAACACCCUAAUGUGUACAUCUACACUCUGAUUGUUUUCUUCCCACUUUUGACUUUGAAGUGGCAUAGCCCGGGCUAUAUACAAACAAACCAACCCAAAACCCUACACCUUCACUGGCAGAAAUUACAGUAACAUCAUGGUAUUAUGAAAUUAAACUGCAGCUUUUGAAAAUAAAGGCAUUUUCUGUAAGUUAAAAGUUCACACUCCUAAGGAAAAA